UAUCCUUUCUCCAUGGCCAACCAGCAGCCCACCAUCCGGUUUGCAACCGAAGACGAUAUCCCGACGAUUCUCAGAUUUAUCGAGGACCUGGCGGCGUACGAAAAAGCGUCGCACGAAGUUGAAGCGACAGUGUCUUCCCUCCGCGAAACGCUCUCGUUCCCGGACUCCCCGCCCAAACGCGGCAAUGCGUACACGUUCCUGAUCGAGCCGCCCGCGGAGGCCGGCGGACCGGGGCCUAAGCCGGUGGGGAUGGCGCUCUUCUUCUACAACUACUCGACGUGGCGGUCUGCGCCGGGGGUGUACCUGGAGGAUCUCUAUGUGAUGCCCGAGUACCGCGGGAAGGGAUACGGGUUCAAGCUGCUGCGACGGCUGGCGGAGGAGGUUGUCAGGGUUGGAGGGAAGAGACUAGAGUGGAGCGUGCUGGCGUGGAAUGAGCCGAGCAUCCAGUUCUACAAGGCGAUCGGAGCGACGGCGAUGGACGAGUGGUUGAAGAUGAUGGUGGACGGGGAUGCGCUGAGGAGGCUGGCGGGAAUUGUUGAGUAGGUCAAUCAGGCACCCCGAAUAAUAAUCGAGAGGGAGCCUGGUUGGAGGAUCGCCAGGCUGGUCAAGUAGCUGAAGCUUCCCAUAUGUUGGAAUACGGGAGCCCAGCCGAGCUAUGAGGUUUGUGAGAAUACAAAAAGGCAUAAGGGCUCUUUUGAGGAGGCAGAAGCCUCCUUAUAUACGUGGGUUCCAUCUCAAUCGUCGAAUGGAGUACACCAGUCAUGAUUCCGUCAGCUCCUCCAUAGAAGUGAUACGGAGUAGUCCUUAUUAUGAGAAGAUUGAAUCAAAGUGUUCAACAGGGG